AUUCUAAUAAACUCUAAUUUGCUAUCUUGUUUUUAAGCUAAGCCACAUUUUUAACACUCGGAAUUGUCGCCUAAGAUAACAGUAAAUCAAUUUGCAUAGUGUGAUUCGAACCUUUCCAUGGUUAGAUGAGACCCAAAUCUAUUUUAAGACAAUACGUAUUAUCUAGUACUUUUAUCUUGGAGUGGUCAGUUACAAACCGAAUCUGUAAGACAGCGUGCGUUUCCAUAUUUUAAAAUCUUUUUAAAUUACUAGUCGUAACCUUUCCAAAUAAUAAUAUGAUCAAUAUUUCUUCAUUGGUCGUUACGUUUGUUGUUCUGGGUUCAGUAAUUAGCGAAAAUAUUAAGUUCGAUUUUAAUAAUACGUCGAAGGAAUUCCAUGAGGAAUAUGCAGAAUCAAAAGUUUUGUCUCGAAGAAAGAGAUUCAUAAUUUUUCCAGAUGGAAGCUCCCUGCAAUUGGUGUUCCUCAUACAAACACCAGUAUUGAUCCCUAUAGGAGAUAUUUUCCUAUUCGGUGACUCUGCUGGUCUUGCGUGGUUACUACCGACAGAUCCGAACAUAUUCUAUGCGUUGAAGGAAUACGAAAGACCACUCCGUCGAAGUGAUGUGGUGAAAACUAUCAAUUAUUUGGACGAAAAAGGAAGGCUCAUUGCUAAAGUUCCGUAUGAAAGGAGACUAAAAGUGAGUCCAGUUAUUGCAAAAAGAAGUUUGAAAGACAAUAAGAAGAAAUCGAAACCCAAAAUAGAUCGAAGAAAAAUGCAUGAAAAACAUUUGAAGAAAGAACAGUUGAAGGCACAUCACUUAGACAAGGGCAGCUUGGAGUUUCACAGAAGUAAACGAGUGGAGCUUUAUCAGAAGAUUGAGAAGUUACUAUCUACGAUGGGCCGAGACGGGCGUCAGUGCGUUCUUUACAAACUAUGUGAGUCGGCACAGCGGGCUUCGAAGCAGGGGACAUUCUUGCAGGAAUUCCUUCGUGCUGUGUUCACGUUACCUAAAGGCAGGGAGUUUCACUACGAUGACCACAAGGAGUAUGAUAAUGCACAUGUAGAAACUGAUGACUGUGUUAAACGAUAUCCCGGCUGUGAAGACAUGCAUGAAUCGAUAUUAUUAUGA